ACCGGAAGUCGCGGGGUGGGGCGGAGCCUGUGCUGCGGCGCGGUUGGGUGAUAUGGCGACCGAGGGAGACGUGGAGUUGGAGUUGGAGACCGAGACCAGUGGUCCGGAGAGGCCUCCUGAAAAGCCACGAAAGCAUGACAGUGGUGCGGCAGACCUGGAGAGAGUCACCGACUAUGCGGAGGAGAAGGAGAUCCAAAGUUCCAACCUGGAGACGGCCAUGUCCGUGAUUGGAGACAGACGUUCUCGGGAGCAGAAAGCUAAACAAGAGCGGGAGAAGGAACUGGCAAAAGUCACCAUCAAGAAGGAAGAUCUGGAGCUCAUUAUGACAGAGAUGGAGAUCUCACGAGCAGCAGCAGAACGGAGCUUGAGGGAACACAUGGGCAACGUGGUAGAGGCUCUUAUUGCUCUAACCAACUGAUUUGUGCUUUCUCGGACCUACCCACUGGAUUAAUUUAUUGCAAUAAAGAUGUCUUUUUUUGCAGUUUUAUCAUCUUGGAUUAAGUGCAAUGUAUAUUGUAUUUUAUUGUGGGAAAUUUACAUGUUGGAGUAGAACUGAAUUUAAGUGACCCCCACCCUACCAUACCUCACAGCCGUUAAUGAACCUAUGUGAAGGAUCAGUUUAGAAGAGCAUUUUAUAUUCAGAUGCAAAUGCUAGGUGGCAUUCAUUAGACUAGAUCUCACUCAGCAAUAUUCAAGGUACAUUUGGAGCAAAGUUACUGUACCUUGUGGCAUAUGCUGCCUAGGAACCACCGUAUUUAGAUGUAAGUCAGGAAUCCAGUUCAUAAGCUACUUUGAGUUAGAAUUUAGGUACUGGAAGUGAGUACCUACAUGGUAAGACAAUAGAAUAUAUCAAAGUUCAGGUCAUAUAUGGAAUUAAUCAGAUUUUUAUUUACUGAAAUUGAUUUUAAUCUUUGAAUUCUGAACCAUGACACUGAUACCUUACAUUCUGUUUUCUAUCCUGAAGAGAGAAUAAACUUUAAAAGUUGAUCAACUUUGACCCUGGCCAGCGUGGCUCAAUAGUUGGUUGAGUAUCAUCCUGCAAAGUGAAAGGAUACUGGUUCAAUUCCUGGUCAGGGCACAUUCCCGGUCCCGGGUUGCGGGCCUGGUCCCUGGUUGGGACAUGUGCUAGAGGCAAUCGAUCUGAUGUUUCUCUUCCUUUCCCUCCCUUCCCCUCUCUGUAGAAAUAAAAUAUAUAUAAAAAAAAGUUGAUCAACUUUGGCCAAGUUAUCCUUGCUGAGCUUUUGUCUUGUGAACUGUAAAAUGAUACAUACCAGAAAGGUUGUUCUAAGAACUGAUGAGCUGGUGAAUGUGAAAAGCUUGGCCUAGUAUCUGCUUCAGAGUAAAAACUCAAGUAGCAGCUAUAAACCUGUUCC